AUGUACCAGCCAUCUCCGCCGCCGUCGAACAUCCGCGACCAGUGUCCGCCCCCUACUGCCACCGUGACCUUCACCGUCCACUAUUGCAACAGCGCCGUCAUCUCCGCCCGGCCGCACUGCCCCAGCCGCCGGAAUCACUGCGAGUUCGCGGCGUCGGUCGGAGUUGUUCAAGGGAGACGAGCAGAGCGACAGGUGUUGGUUGAAACCAAAACGCUGCCCUCGUUGCCUCAUUCGCCGGCGAAAUUGAGGCGAACCACCACAGAGAGGGACAAAACCGACGGCGCGUGGUGGUGGAAGAGAUGCCGUCUCGACCUCUGA